CAGCUGAUUGGCCCGGGCCAAGACUGUGAAAGGAUAAAGAGGCGCGAGGCGGAAUUGGGGUCUGCUCUAAGCUGCAGCAAGAGAAACAGUGUGUGAGGGGAAGAGGCCGGAUUCGCUCCAGGGUCUCUAGUUCUUGCACGCUCUUUAAGAGUCUGCACUGGAGGAACUCUACCAUUACCAGCUCCCUUCUUGCAGAAGGGAGGGGAAAACAUACAUUUAUUCAUGCCAGUCUGUUGCAUGAAGGCUUUUUGGCUUCCUACCUUGCAACAAAAUAAUUACACAAACUCCUUAGUGCCGAUUCCGCCCACAGAGUCCUGGAGCCAGUCUCUUUUGCUUUGCAUUGUAAGAAAGGCACUAAGUGAUACAGACGAUGUCGCUUUCCUGAGCUCCCGAGAGCGCUAGUGAACUGGAAUCAACUGCUUCAGGGGAAGAGGAAAAAAAAAAAAAAGACUUGCCUGGGAGGCGGCGAGAAACUUGCCUUGGAAGCUUCAGCAACCAGCCUUCAAGAAACUCCGCUCCACUUUAGCACGGUCUCCAGACUCGGAGCCAAGAGACAGAGCAAACUGCGGCGCGGUGAGAGAGAGAAAGAGGGAGGGAGAGACUCACCAGCCUGGGAACUAUAACUCCUCUGCACGAGGCGCAGGACUCCUUCCCCUCCGCUUUGGGAGACUUUCCUCUCGCCCACCUUCCGCCCCGACCGGGAGUGGAGGGGCCCGCUCGGCCGCCGCGAGCGUCCUCCCGCUCGGCGUGCGCUCGGCCGGGAGGGCCCGGCGAUCGUGCUGCCGCCGCCGCGAGGCUGUGAGCGCGCGUGGGCGCUCGCCGAGCCGGGGCCAUGGUGCAGCAGACGAACAACGCCGAGAACACGGAAGCGCUGCUGGCCGGCGAGAGCUCGGACUCGGGCGCCGGCCUCGAGCUGGGCAUCGCCUCGUCCCCCACGCCCGGCUCCACCGCUUCCACGGGCGGCAAGGCCGACGACCCGAGCUGGUGCAAGACGCCCAGCGGGCACAUCAAGCGGCCCAUGAACGCCUUCAUGGUGUGGUCGCAGAUCGAGAGGCGCAAGAUCAUGGAACAGUCGCCCGACAUGCACAACGCCGAGAUCUCCAAGCGGCUGGGCAAACGCUGGAAGCUGCUCAAAGACACCGACAAGAUUCCUUUCAUUCGGGAGGCGGAGCGGCUGCGCCUCAAGCACAUGGCUGACUACCCCGACUACAAGUACCGGCCCAGGAAGAAGGUGAAGUCCGGCAACGCCAACGCCAGCUCCUCGGCCGCCGCCGCCUCCAAGCCGGGGGAGAAGGGCGAUAAGGUCGGUGGCAGCGGCGGGGGCGGCCACGGGGGCGGCGGCGGGAGCAGCAGCAGCGCGGGGGGCGGAGGCGGCGGCGCGAGCGGCGGCGGCGCCAACUCCAAACCGGCGCAGAAAAAGAGCUGUGGCUCCAAGGUGGCGGGCGGCGGGGGCAGCAAGCCGCACGCCAAGCUCAUCCUGACGGGCGGCGGCGGCGGGAAAGCGGCGGCCGCCUCCUCCUUCGCCGCGGAGCAGGCGGGGGCUGCCGCCCUGCUGCCCCUGGGCGCCGCGGCCGCCGACCACCACUCGCUGUACAAGGCGCGGACUCCCGGCGCCGCGGCCUCUGCGGCGGCCUCGGCCCCCGCCUCGCUCGCCGCCGCGGGCAAGCCCCCGGCCGAGAAGAAGGUGAAGCGGGUCUACCUGUUCGGCGGUCUGAGCGCGGCGGCGGCGUCGCCCGCGGGCGUGGGCGCGGCCGCCGAUCCCAGCGACCCCCUGGGCCUGUACGAGGAGGGGGGCCCGGGCUGCCCGCCCGACGGCCCGAGCCUCAGCGGCCGCAGCAGCGCCGCCUCGUCGCCCGCCGCCGGCCGCUCGCCCGCCGAUCACCGCGGCUACGCCAGCCUGCGCGCCGCCUCGCCCGCGCCGUCCAGCGCGCCCUCGCACGCGUCCUCGUCGGCUUCGUCCCACUCCUCGUCGGCCUCCUCCGCGGGCUCCUCGGCCUCCGACGACGAGUUCGAGGACGACCUGCUCGACCUGAACCCCAGCUCAAACUUUGAGAGCAUGUCCCUGGGCAGUUUCAGCUCGUCGUCGGCGCUGGACCGGGACCUGGACUUCACCCUGGAGCCGGGCUCGGGAUCGCACUUCGAGUUCCCGGACUACUGCACGCCCGAGGUCAGCGAGAUGAUCUCGGGGGACUGGCUCGAGUCCAGCAUCUCCAACCUGGUCUUCACCUACUAACGGCGCGCGCUGGAGAGGUGGGCCGGGGUGACCGAGGGAGAAAAGGUGGACAGGGAGAGUAGAAAGAAGAAAAGUGGAGGGAAACCAGAAAAAGGAAAAAAAAGAAAAAAAAAAGAAGAAGAAUUAGAAGUGAUGAGCGCGGCCGGUUUGCCCGCCUCGGGGUCGCCGAAGAGGAGCGCGCACGGCGAUUGGGGACCCACGCUCCCAUCCCCCACCCCUCCGGGGACGCGGUGGAGCCGAGGGAGACGGGCCACCUUUUAUUGUUGUUGUUGAUGUUGUUGUGAUGGCAAAAAAAAAAAGCUCCUUUGAAUGUCCUCCCCUUUGCGUGAAGAGACACCCCCAUCCCAUCCCCCCCCCGGGCUUCCGGACUCGUCUGCGCCUCUGAGAAGCCGAGUUGGGAAUUGUCUGGAGACUGGAGGAAUCUCGCCCCUCUCUCUUCGCCCCGUUAGUGAUUUUAUUUUUUGUCGUUUUGUUUCUUGAUCAAGAGAGGAGUGGGGGGGAGGGGGGAAUAAAAAUAUCCAGCGCGCCUCUGGGGACUUUGUCCUUAGCACUCCGCGCCCCCCCCCCAACCCCCACUUUUCCUGAAGAAGACAAGGCGCGGGGAGGCGAGUUUGACCGAUGGCAGAUGUUUGGGGGCCGCGCUGGCUCCAGAGCCAGGACUGAGACUCCAUGCUGGCCAAUGCCCGUCUUUUUUCCUCUUUUUUUUUUUUUUCUUUUUUUUUUUUUUGCCCCCCUUGCUCCUGCAGCCGGAGGAGAUGGGAGUGACCGGCGCUCGGAAAUGACCCGAGAACCUGGUUGGAAGAAGCAGGGGCGGGGGCGACCAGGACAAGAACUGGAAAGGGGCGCGUAACAAACUGAGACGGAUUUGCACGUUGGGGAGAAGGCGGCGGCGGCUCCGGGGCCCCCCGCCUUCCACGUGGAUGAAACCAGCGAGGGGACCUCCCGCGCCCGCGGGAGGAGAGGCGACUGUUGGCUGCGGUCCCGGGCAGUGGAGGGCGAGUGGUUUCGGGGGGGGAAAAAGGUUUUUUUCUUCUCUUAAUUGGAAUCGUGAUGGUGUUGGAUUAUUUCACUGGUGGGGUUACUAUAGCAUGUUCUCCUGUCUAUCUUUUAAAGAUUUCUGUAUGAGACUGUUGAGCAGUUUUUGAAAUAGUGUAGGAUAAUAUAAAAAGCAGAUAGAUGGCGCUCUGUUUGAUUCCUACAACAAAAUUAUCACCAGCUUUUUUUCAUUCUUAACUGUUUAAAGGAUUCAAACGCAACUCAAAUCUGUGCUGGACUUUUAAAAAAAACAAUUCAGGACCAAAUUUUUUCUCAGUGUGUAUGUGUUUAUUCCUUCUAGGUGUAAAUGAGAAGACGUGUUUUUUUUUCCCCUCACCGAUGCUCCAUCCUCGUAUUUCUUUUUCUUGUAAAUGUAAUCAGAUGCCAUUUUAUAUGUGGACGUAUUUAUACUGGCCAAACAUUUUUUUUCUUAUUUUUGUCCCUUUUUUUUCUUUCUUAUUUUACUUAUUCCUUCCUUUUUCUAUUUUUUUUCUUUCGUUCUUUCUUUUUUUCCUUUUUUUCUUUUUUGUAGUUGUUGUUACCCACGCCAUUUUACGUCUCCUUCACUGAAGGGCUAGAGUUUUAACUUUUAAUUUUUUAUAUUUAAAUGUAGACUUUUGACACUUUUAAAAAACAAAAAAAGACAAGAGAGAUGAAAACGUUUGAUUAUUUUCUCAGUGUAUUUUUGUAAAAAAUAUAUAAAGGGGGUGUUAAUCGGUGUAAAUCGCUGUUUGGAUUUCCUGAUUUUAUAAUAGGGCGGCUGGUUAAUAUCUCACAGUUUUAAAAAAAUCAGCCCCUAAUUUCUCCAUGUUUACACUUCAAUCUGCAGGCUUCUUAAAGUGACAGUAUCCCUUAACCUGCCACCAGUAUUCACCCCUCCACCCCAGUCUUAUGAAAAGGGGAGGAGAAUUAGCCAAACACUGUAUGCUUUUAAGAAAAACACAUUUUUUAAACAGAAUACUGUUCUGUGCAAAGGCUUUAAAACUGGUGCAUUUACAGCAAAAAGGGAUCCUGUAGCUUUAAUUUGUAAACCACAUCUUUUUUGCACUUUUUUUAUAAGCAAAAACGUGCCGUUUAAACCACUGGAUCUAUCUAAAUGCCGAUUUGAGUUCGCGACACUAUGUACUGCGUUUUUCAUUCUUGUAUUUGACUAUUUAAUCCUUUCUACUUGUCGCUAAAUAUAAUUGUUUUAGUCUUAUGGCAUGAUGAUAGCAUAUGUGUUCAGGUUUAUAGCUGUUGUGUUUAAAGAUUGAAAAAAGUGGAAAACAUCUUUGUACAUUUAAGUCUGUAUUAUAAUAAGCAAAAAGAUUGUGUGUAUGUAUGUUUAAUAUAACAUGACAGGCACUAGGACGUCUGCCUUUUAAGGCAGUUCCGUUAAGGGUUUUUGUUUUUAACCUUUUUUUUUUUUUUUUGCCAUCCAUCCUGUGCAAUAUGCCGUGUAGAAUAUUUGUCUUAAAAUUUUAAGGCCACAAAAACAAUGUUUGGGGGGAAAGAAAAAAAUCAUGCCAGCUAAUCAUGUCAAGUUCACUGCCUGUCAGAUUGUUGAUAUAUACCUUCUGUAAAUAACUUUUUUUGAGAAGGAAAUAAAAUCAGCUGGAACUGAACCCUAAAUCUUGACUUUUGUCAUUAUUAUGCCUGAAGCCUAAGAUUAGGAGCGCCCUACAGUGUGUGGAAACUUCACCAUCUGCCUUAGCAUUGAAACCAGUGAGCCUCUCCGAAAGGAGACUGUUAAAUGCCAUCUUAUUGAGGAAUAAAUAUUUAGUUCCUCUGGGCCAAAUGUGGCAGGCCUUGACCCUGAAAUGAUGGCAUCGGCUGAAUAUGUGUCAACUCUACACGCUUUCUAGGAAUUUUCUGAGUUUGCCACAUUUUUUAAAUCGCCCUUUGUCUUGAAAUUUUAAAAGGGGGGAGGGGCAACGUGGACCGAAUUCUUUAAAGACAAAACUGGCUGGCUGAUCUUUUCUUAACUUUUAUGUUCCUAAAGCUGCUUUUCUCCUUGACUUGCCCAUGGUCACCACCUAGCAGGGCUAGAAUUAUUUUCCUCAGAUUAAGAACAAACAAGCCUGUUAAAUUAUUAAUAUAUUGUGGAGGAGAAAGCCAUUACCAAUUAAGAAAUGUGAAAGUUGAAUGAUUUUUUCCCCCUCAAAAGCAGGAAGGUUCAUGUGGUGCUAAAAUCUCCAUUUUUGUGUCAAGCCCAACAUGGUUGUUAAUGUAAGUGAAAUGCAGCCAUAAGGACGACCUGGGAGAAGCUGGCUCCCUGAGGGCAAGGAGGCGAGCUCUCCCCCUCUGAAUUUGUGAAUAGCACACACUGAGCUAGUGGAGACUUACACUUUUUAUAAGCAUCAGGCCCACCAGUAUUAUUGAGACAUGCAUGCCUUGGAUGUCCUGAGGCUCAUUAGUAUUUGGUUUGGAAUCUGCAACUUAACUAAGUAACACUAUUAUUUAUUUUGAGGGUUAACAAUUGCCAUUCACAAAACCCCUCUUCAUUUUCCAAAUGUUUGUUAAUUAAAAAUGUGUGCUUUAUAUUUCUUAUAAUUUUUCAGCACUGGAGAGGAGGGGUUAAAAGGUGUCUUUGGAAAUAACCCUUUAGUCAUCCAGGAUUGCUUAUAGGUAAGGGAGUGUCUAUCCUGGAUUGCCCAGCUAGAAGACAUUUUUGGAGCCUGUGGUCCAAAACAAACAACUUUUUGGGGUCAAUGAAAAGCAAUUUCCCCCUCCAAAAUAAUAGAAUUGCCGUGUUUCAAUAUAAUUUCACCUUUUAAAGAUCAUUAUAGCUACUAAUUUCCAAAUUUUUCUUUUGCGUACUUGCUAAUAUAUUUCGUUUUAAUUGUAUUUGUGUUUUGCAAUUGUAGUAUCUUGUUGUUUUUCAAAGACCUUAAAACAACAUGGUGUCUUAAGUCUCUUCAAAGAUCUUUGCAAAAGGAGAAAGAACUCUUCUAUAAAGUGCUUCAAUUUAUUUUUGUUCAUUGUACUGAUAGUAUGAUUGUUUUUUCAGAUCUAGGUAUCAAAACCUUGACAUAAAUAAGCCUAUAUGAAGUAUAUUUUAUUUUGUAAGGUUCUCUUGCUAGAACUAUGUUUAUUUUCCCAUUGACUUUCCAUGUAAGGGUGGAUGCUUUAAAUAUUUUCUUUAAUGAUUUUGAUAAUGUUGCUUUAAAAAUAAAAGCUUAAAUGUGCGUGUCUGUCCUAGGAGGUGACAGAGUAAAUGUAAGAAACAUUUUUGUACUUUUCUUCCUCUGAAUCAAUUUUCAUUCAUAAGAGAUACUCACGUGUUAGGUGGUACAAGGCAUAAUAAACCUGAGAAACCAAA